GUCGCAGACUGGAGUGCCCUGUGAGAGCAGGGGACGGACCGAACGAACGAACGAACUGUGUGAGCUCUCUAUAUCUAACCGGUCGUGACGCUUCGCUCGCCUCUCUGUCCGAAUGUCCGUCCCGCUUCCUCGGUGUCGUCAUCCUGAUACUGCUAUCACGUCCCGGUGCUGCGUCCCGUGUCAGCUGUUUUCAUGACGCGACGUGUCGUGAGUCGUGAACCGUUCCGUGCCGUAGCAAGGAGAAGAGUCGUCCUCGGUAUAGCGCGUCUACGCUGACCCUGUCGUUCCUCGCUCCACCUUGGGAACCAUCCAAGCAGGAAUUCAGGAUUGAAGUGCGCGUAAUUCGCAAAACAGCGCGAUGACACUCCGUUGACGAAGCCGCGUGGCUGAAGAAGAAAAACGUGCGUCAUGAGGCCGAGUACGGCCGCCCAGGACCUCGGGGCAGCCUGAUGGCACUCCUCGCCGGCGAACGUUCGUCGCGCUCCGUCGUCCCGUUUCGUUUCCCGUAUGUCGUUACGAUAUUGCCGCGCGUAGAAACUUGUCAGUGAGAGCGAGGGAGAGAAAGAGAGAGAGAAAGAGAGAGCGAGAGAGAGAGAGAGGGAGUGUAGUGCGUGCAGAUGCAUUUGUGUCCUGAUCCUCUUUGGUUCCGCAAUAUAUCCAGAGAGAAAAAGACGGAGGACUGCACAUAGACUCAACGCUCGUAGAUUCUAGACAUGUCAGCGUACGCGCAAUUCGGAUACUCGUAUCCGUCGGCGUCCCAGCUCCUGGUGAGCGGCGGGCAACCGACAACGGCGACGUCGCCGGCGAUGUCAGGGGGUGCGUUGAGCCCGGGUGCCCUGUCGCCUUCGUCUACGGCGACAACGACGACGGGGGUCGGGCCCGCAGGUACCGGCGGUGCCACGACCCCCGUGGGUGGUGCCGCCACCGGGCCCGGUUGUUGCGAGAACGGUAGGCCCAUGAUGACGGACCCUGUAACAGGGCAAACGGUGUGCAGCUGCCAAUACGACAACGCCGCGAGAUUUGCGUUGGGCGCUUAUCCUCGACUACCCACCGCGACUUCCUACUCCUCCUACCCCACGCCGACGCCCUCCACCACCGACCAGGGACCUUAUCCCAGCAUCGGCAUGGAUAGCUCUGCGUUCUACUCCCCACUGGGUAAUCCGUACGGGCUGAAGGACGCGACGGGGAUGGGCAUGACGGCGGACAUGGGUGCUGCCUGGGGCACGGCCGCCCUUCAACCUGCCGCCACGGGUUACUACCCUUACGAUCCAACCCUGGCCGCCUACGGGUAUGGCGCUGGGUACGACCUGGCCGCGCGGCGGAAGAAUGCCACGAGGGAGUCGACGGCAACCUUGAAGGCUUGGCUGAACGAACACAAGAAGAACCCGUAUCCGACGAAAGGCGAGAAGAUUAUGCUAGCUAUCAUCACAAAGAUGACGCUGACCCAAGUCUCAACUUGGUUCGCGAACGCGCGGAGACGUCUCAAAAAGGAGAACAAGAUGACCUGGGAACCGAAGAACAAGACGGACGACGAUGACGACGCGGUGCUCACCGAUUCUGAGGAUAAUAAGGAAAAGGACGAUCUCGCGUCGGACAACAGGAGCGACCGGGUCGGCGAAGAGGCGAGGCGGGGCCUCGACGAUACCGAACCAAUGAGGCACGUGAAAGCAGAACUUUUGCAGCACGAGAAGGACCUCGACGAUGAAGACGAGUUAGAUCUUGAGGACGACCGUCGACGGAGCGAGCAUCCCUUUCAUCACACGAUGCAACAUCAUCAUCAUCAUCACCAAGGUUAUGGCGGUGAAGACCAUUUGAAGGAAGAGGGAAUCAAGUCGGACUGUAGUGCGGGUGGUGUACCGAUCCCCGCGACGAAACCUAAAAUCUGGUCCCUAGCGGACACGGCGGCGUGUAAAACGCCACCGCCACCGUCGCAUCCCCAUCAUCAGCAAUAUCACCAUCUGCAUCAUCAGCAACAUUAUCCCCAGCAGCAGCAGCAGCAUCAUGUUCCCAAUCAAGGACAUCAUCAUCACUCGCAACAACCGUGGCUCGGUCCAGGAGGCGCAGGAGGUGGCGCCGGCGGCGGUGGGGGCGGCGGAGGUGGAGGAAACUUAGGAAGUUCGUUCGCUCUGCCCUCCUCGGCGGGGAUGAGCCCGUCGGCGGCGGCGACGGCGCCGUACUCGGGCGCUGCCGCGAGAUACGGCGGUUUCCUCUCGUCCUCGUCCGGCGGCCAGCUCCAUUACAACCCCAAUUCAUCGUCGGGCUCGAGUUCGAGCGCGUCCUCCUCGGCGGCGGCGGCGGCGGGGUUUCCAGAGGUUGGCACGGAUACUCCACCCCAGACACCGCCCAAUAUGAAGGUGGCCACGCCGAACGGAGUGAUCCAAGCACCGCCGGGCGGUUACUGUCCUGGUGGCAACGCCGCUAGUGCCGCAACUAAUGGCAAUCCUAAUAUUCCCUACGGCGCGAAUCAUCCCGGUGGCGGUGGUUAUCUGUCGACGAGCUCGGGCUCGGCCAGCAGCGCUUCGUCCUUCAAUUCUCGACUACAAAGCUCACCUCAUAAGGACUUCUCGCCGGUCGGCCAGAAUUCCAUUCUCCAUCAACAUCAAACUACUGCCAGCUUGCCACCCACGGAAGCUACCACCGCAUUUAAACCAUUCUAUAAAGGUUCGCAAUCGAUGGGUAGUGGCUUCGUCUCGCCGGUUUAAGAGCCAGUGCUGAGGUCCAGAAAACGAUAGUCGUCUUUCCUAAA